GUUUGACUGGGGCAAUAUUAAUUGUUGCAUCCUCGGCGCUUAUUAUCAAUAAUGCCCACAACCCCAGCACUUCAGCAGUUGUCUCUAGAGUAUGCUUCAUUGCAGCGUCAUGCCCCAUCUGGAAUCUACUGUGUCCCAUCCUUCGAUUCGAUUCUCGUUUGGAAUUGCGUCGUAUUCAUUCAUCAAGGCUACUACUCUGGUGCCAUCUUAAGGUUCAAGAUGACCUUUAGCGAUGACUACCCUCAACGUCCACCCACUGUCACAUUUCAAUCAGACACUGUGUUCCACCCCUUGAUAUCUCCAGAAGGAGAUAUGUCGCUAUCCGCGCGGUUUCGGCCUUGGCUACCACAAGAACAUCACGUAUUUGAUAUUCUUCACUCCCUCAAGGCUGCUUUCAAAAAAGAUUCACUUGACCGCUUGGAUGAGAGAGAUUGUUUCAACCCAGAGGCAUUAAAUAGGUAUCGAGAAUCAACAUCAUCGUUUGCUCAACUUGCACAGCAAACCGCUUUGCUUUCUCAACGAGAGUCUACCCUGUACAACCUUGAUUAUCCAACCAUGAAACGAUUACGAAGAGGAGAAGCCCCCUCAAACGGCAUAGUAUUUACACAUUUAGAUGAGCAGACUCUGGAAGGAUUAAGGAAACAAGUUGGCGUAUCGAAGUGGGACUAAACGGACACGGCGGUUCGUGAACACAUGGUAUUGCGUGGAUCGUCUAUGCCUUGAAGAAAAUUGGGUAUCUGACUUUCUAGUGACUAACAACUGCUGUAGGAAUAAUCUAGACGUCUGGGGCUUCCUAGAUGCUGGAGCUGGGACUGGAUUCUUGGGGCAAACUAAUAGGCAGGAUUUCCACAGCAAGUGGGGCAAUAGAAUCUUCGUCCUAUUGAUUUAUCAGUGACGUGAAAAGUUUGAGUAUCCUUUACUUACCUCUGGCACUCGCGAAAAUUGCUUGGAAAGCUUUUCGACAACAAGACUGUAGUCCAAGUGCUGUGUAAGACG